AUGCCUCCCAAGAAGCGCACCUCCACCCGGCGUGCCGGGGCGUCGGUGGCCCGGCCGACUGGCAAACAGCCCUACAUUUUAAACGCGGCCGCGACGAACCCCGUCUUGCCGGACAUCCCCGCCAAAAACUCCUUUGCCUACGGCUCGUCCACGACGGCCAAUCUGCCGCGCAAGCUGACCGUGCAACCUAAGCGCGGUCUCGCUGAGAUCGCCAAAACCAUCGAAGAGGGUGUGAAGCAGGCUGAAGAUCGCGCGAACGAAUCCACGGGGACCAACACUCGGUCCCAACCAAAACCCAAGUCUCCCAGCCCAGAGCCGGUUCGAAGAUCGAUGCGUGAGCCGACGCCAGACCAGCAGCUCUUCGAUGGCUUGCGCGAAGCUACCCAGUCUCCUAACUUUCCGGAUGAUGUGCAGUCGGGUUCCACGCCUACGCCGACUCCGCCUAUUCCGCAUACCCUUUCUACGGUGUCCAGCCCUACUCAGAAUUUCGCUCGUCCCACAGAUUCGCUCUAUCCUUCGCCCAUGAUGCGUUUCGGUUCCGUGGCUCCCAAUCUCAACGGUCUCAGCUCACCUCAGUUUCAGAGUUCACUGGACAACGAAUCGGUCAUCUCGUUUAGAGUCGAGCGCGACAUCCAUGAGGAUAACCUGCAACGAACGCGCGGGGGUGCUUUUCGGGACGAACUACAAGGGCAAAACAUCAGCGCGCCGCCUCGUAGGUUCUCAGGCCUUGCGUUCGCUAAUGAGAUCAUCGAAGAGGAAAGCGAGCCUCCAACUCAACUGUCACUCUCUCAACCGCGCUCCCCGGAAGUGGCCCCUCCACUUAAGCCCGAGCCUGAAUCAGACCCCGAGCCGGAGCCCACACCAGAACCGGAACCAUACCUAGAGCCAGAGCCAGAACCUGAGCCAGAACGUGUGCAAGAACCCGAACCGGUGCCCGCACCUCCUGUACAGGCCGAGCCUCAACCGCAGUCCGUCUGGGCCGCAGCAAAAACUAUCAUCCCUGACCGCAUCGUACGAAGCGUUUCGCGCGAUCCGUCAAUACAGGCCUCAUCGAAACUGGCAUCCUCAUAUCACCAAACCAUGUCGCCUCCCCCCAUACCACCGCUGUCGCAGCAGCCUUCCCACCACUAUGAAAUUCCCCUUCCCUUCACUGAGUCGCCGCUCAGGAUCUCCAAAUCUGCAGUGCGAACCGUCGUGGCCUUAUUCUUAACCGCCGUCUCCAUCCUCACCAUCAUGAACACCUCGUGCUGCGUCGGCUGGCGCAUCCCGUUUGGCACACCGUCGGACCUUUCAUUCAACGCCAACAGCUCAGAAUCUGUCAAGAUGCUGACACACCACGUUGUGCGUCUCGGGAACGAAGUCUCGUCACUAUCGAAAGAAAUGCAGAUGAUCAAGUCCGAAGCCCCCCAGGCCACCACGAUUAUUGAGCGCGUAUCAAAACAGGGGCCGCCACAGCACCAAGACCUAAUGAGAACCAACUUCUUCACGCUCGGGAUGGGCGCCAUCAUCGACCCCUACUUGAGCAGUCCCACAUACUUCGCCAAGAAUGGCUACUUCAAGAAAUCGUGGACCUGGAUCCUGCAGGCGAGGUAUGGACGCCCAUCGCCACACAUGGAGGCCUUGUCACCCUGGGAAGACGUCGGCGACUGCUGGUGCAGCGCCCUCCGCGAAAACGGUAUGUCACAACUCGUCGUCGACCUUGGCCGCCCCGCCGUGCCCCAAGAAGUCGUCGUAGAACACAUGCCCCGCGGCGCCCUCGUCAACCCCGAACGAGCCCCCAAGGAAAUGGAACUUUGGGCGCAAUUCGUCUUCCUGGAAGGAGAAAACGCCCCGAACACCUACCUCUCGCGCGAGGGCGACACUCUCCUCGCGAACGGCCGCACCCUGCACGAGAACCUCAUGGAACCGCUCCGUUUCGCGUACCGCAAUCAGCCUGAUACCGCCUUCUCUGAUGACCCGCUCCUCGGAUCGACUUUCUAUCGUAUCGGGACCUGGAUCUAUAAUGCUGAGGCGCCUAAUAAUGUACAAAAGUAUACUCUUGACGCGACGAUUGAUAUUGCUGGUGUCAGGGUGAAUAAGGUCGUGGUGAGGAUGAAGUCGAAUUGGGGAUCUAAUGAGACGACUUGUCUUUAUCGGGUGCGAUUGCAUGGGCAUUUAUAA